GAAUUUGAUGGUUCAAGUUAGAAACAGAUCGCAAGCUUCGUCUUUUCAACAAGAUUUCUCCAAUACUCAUCUCAUCUCAUCUCACCUUUAUUCUUAGGUUCACGAGUUUCUAUCAAAGACUUUGAGCUAAACUUCCUUAACUCGGAAUAAUCAUGGGCUUCUGGACGCUGAUGGAAGGAUUGUUGCUAUUUGCAAAUGCAUUGGCUAUCCUCAACGAAGACCGUUUUCUAGCUCCCAAAGGAUGGACACUUGCAGAGCUCCACCAAACUGGGAAAAGAAACUCUCUCAAAGGCCAAAUCAUCGGUCUCAUCCACGCCUGCCAUUACAUGAGGCUUCCUCUCAUGCUCUUUAACUUAAUUGUCAUUGUCUUUAAGCUUUUCUCCGGUUAAUAUGAUCAAAACCCCUUUUUGAAUAAAUUUUUCAAUCCACAACAUUUCUGCAAGUU